AUGGCAUGUCCACAUCUCGAUUCUAUUUCUUUACAUCCCCCAACCCCAGCUCAGUCGGUCUAUCGUGAAGACUGCACUCAAUGCUUUGAUUCUAUCGACGAUGCCCAAGGCCUCGACGUCUGUCUGCAGUGUUUCAACGGAGGUUGUCUAGGCGUUCGAACCCAUUCCAACCUUCACCACGUCACCCGCAGUCACCCGCUCGCUCUAAAUAUCCGCCGAACUCGGAAGCGAGUCGUAAAAGACGAGCCUCCCACAAAAAUAACCAAGUUAGCCAUCGCGGCCGAGACCGAAGCCGACCGCUACGAUAUCACAACCGCGGUCAAGUGCCACGAGUGCUCUACCGAGCUCGACAAGACCAGCCCGAAACUCGCACCUAUCGUCGACGGGAUCCUCAAAGCGAAUACAUUCUCGCGGCAGGAAGAGGUCAAGGCUUGGGAGCAGGAGCUGACAUCUUGCGAGCAUAUCCUUCUCCUACAGCAACACGAAAGCCGAAAGCUCCACAGCGACUUAGGUCACUGUUCUAAGUGCGAUCUAAAAGAGAACCUCUGGCUAUGCCUAGAAUGCGGUAACUUGGGUUGCGGUCGUGCCCAGUUUGGCGGUGUUGGAGGAAACUCUCACGGGCUGGCACACGCUACCGAGUCGAGACACGCGGUCGCCGUCAAACUAGGAUCUAUCAGCCCGGAAGGUACAGCAGACGUGUACUGCUACCAAUGCGACGAGGAACGCGUGGACAACGACCUCGCGGUCCAUCUGGCGCAUUGGGGCAUCAUCGUUUCUGACCAGGUCAAGACGGAGAAGAGCUUGACCGAGAUGCAGAUCGAACAAAAUCUACGAUGGGAAUUCUCUAUGACCACCGAAGACGGAAAGGAACUUAGACCGCUGUUCGGACCUGGCCUAACCGGACUGAAGAAUCUCGGCAACAGCUGCUACCUCGCGAGCAUACUUCAGUGCCUAUUCGACCUGCCUGCAUUUCAAGAGCGGUACAACAUCCCCGAAGUUGACCUACCUAUCGUGCCUGACCCAGCUCAGGAUCUCGAAACGCAGCUACGCAAAUUAGGAGACGGCCUAUUAUCAGGUCGCUACUCGAAGCCAGACUCCGAUAUCAUAGCCUCCGAGGUCCCGCACCAGAAAGGUCUAUCGCCUAGCAUGCUAAAGCACCUUAUCGGCCGCGGGCACGCCGAAUUUUCAACGAUGCGCCAGCAGGAUGCCUUCGAACUUUUACAGCACCUAGUCAAGUUUAUCACCAGAUCUCAACACUCGGCACCCCUAAAGGAUCCUACCCAGUCGUUUAGAUUCGUUCUUGAACAGCGACUGCAGUGUAUGAGCUGUAAGAAGGUCCGCUACACUAGCAACGAACAGGACGGUAUCUUUAUCGACGUGCCCCUGGAGAAGCUGCCAGUCGUAGAAGGCGAAGGAGAUCGCUACAAGCCGGUUACGCUUAAGCAGUGUCUCGACAACUUCACCGCCAUGGAAAUGGUGGAGCUGACAUGCGCGUCGUGUAGGAGCAAAGACGGGUUCACCAAGAGAUCGCUAUUUAAGACCUUACCAACCACUCUCGUCGUCAAUGCGCGGAAGAUGACGAUAGAGAAUUGGGUGCCCCGCAAGGUCGAUGUCCCGGUCAUAGUGGGAGACGAGCCGUUCCUACUCGACGAAUAUCUCUCUUCCGGGCUCCAGCCGUCCGAAGAACUGCUGCCGGAAGAGGAGGCCUCUGCCGCUCCAGCUUUUACGCCUAACGAGGCCGCGCUGGACGGGCUCAUGGCCAUGGGAUUCCCCCGUAACCGAUGCGAAAAGGCGCUUCACGCAACUGGUAACUCGGAUACCAACGCGGCGAUGGAAUGGUUGUUUGGCCACAUGGAAGAUGCCGACAUCGACGAGCCUCUGGUCAUCGCCUCUACCGGUGCCGGAAGCAAUGCUGCGGCGGAUCCUGAGAAGAUCGAGAUGCUAGGGUCUAUGGGAUUCGGCGCGCCACAAGCCCGCAAAGCUCUAAAAGAGACCAACGGCGAUUUAGAGCGCGCAGUUGAAUGGUUGUUUAGCCACCCAGAUGACCAUGGCGACUUUGGCGACGAUACUGCGCCGUCCUCGAAGGAGACCGUCCCCACAGGUAGCGCUAAUGUUCCGGCGAGGUUCCAACUGCAAAGCAUCGUAUGCCAUAAGGGAACCAGCAUUCACUCAGGACAUUAUGUGGCAUUCAUCCGCAAGUUGCUCGACACGACAACGCCGAAGUGGGUUCUCUUCAACGAUGAGAAGGUAGUAGAAGCAGGCGACGUAGAAGAGAUGAAAAAGACAGCAUACGUCUACUUUUUCAACCGCGUGAACUGA